AUGUCCUGCCGCUGGUCGCGCGUAGCCGCCUUGCUGGCAGUCGUCACUGUCAUCUGCUUCGCAACCGCCCAAGCCACCUUCCUCCCAGCAGGCGUGCGCUAUGAGGAAAUAGAGUGCGACAUUGUGGUGGCGGGAGGCAGCACUGCGGCCCUUGCGGCCUCCCUGGCCGCCGCGCGUACGGCGCCCGAGAAGAGAAUAUGCCUCCUCGAGUCGACCAACUGGCCUGGCGGGCAGCUGACCUCGUCGGCCGUGAGCGCGGUGGACUUUGGAACCCACAACGACUUUGCGGCGAUGGUGGCCUCUCUUCCGGGCAACCCGGGCAAGUGCUGGGUCUCGCACUGGUGCUACGAGCCGGCCGACUUACUGCACAAGUGGAUCUUCCCCACCAUCAACCAGACGAAGAACCUGCGCGUCUUUUACAACACCGUCGUCAAGAAGGCCUACACCGCCAAGGGUCCGCACGGCGACGAGGUCAAGUCCAUCUUGGCCGUGCAAAGAGUGCCCAAGGAGGAGAACGAAGCGUGGCGCAACCGCCUCUCUGAGGAUCUGUUGGACUGGUACUCGCUGUACGAGUCGAAGACGUUCAACAAGAAGGCUCUGCACUUCUCGGCCCCGCUGUUCAUCGAGGCCACCGAGUUUGGCGACCUGCUGGUGACGGCCGACGCCCCGUUCGCGCAGGGCAUCGAGUACCCGUACGAGGACGACUACACCACCCUCGACUGCGGCCAGACCCACGUCUUCCCGCUCUACAUGAGCAUCGAGAAGGAGCCCGUCAAGCAGCCGCACUUCCCGCCUCCCCCCAGGGGAAUUAGCUAUGAAAUUCCUUCUCAGUUCAGCUGGGGCCGAAUCUGGUCUUACCGCCGCUCCAUCGGAUUGGAAGGCCCGGAGAACGAGGCGCGCAUCGGCGAGACUUCCAACCAGAACUGGGGACCUCCGCCCGGCAAUGACUACAACCUCGGCUACUUGUACCUGCCCACCCAGGAGGUGAAGGCACAGGCCAAGAACUGGCACGGAGGAAUCAACAUGACCUCCCUCGCCGACGCCGAGCUCACCGCCUUCGGCUGGUACACCUACUACUCUCAGCAGUGCAACAAGACCCAGAAGCCCGAGGUGUGCGCACGCGUGGCGCUGGCGGCCUCGGUCGCCGGCACCGACCUGGGCCUCUCGAAGGUGCCCUACCUGCGCGAGUCGCGGCGCAGCAUCGGUAUCCACAACUUCCGCCUCAUGUACGAGAACAUGACCUCCCACGUGAAUCCGACGGGCGUGGUGUUCGCCGACCGCGUGGCGAUUGGCGAGUACUUUUACGCCGACAUUCAUCACAUGGCCGACGGACUGUGCAAGUACCCGGCCUACCUGGGCGACCGCUCCAUCAAGCCCUACUACGUCCCCUUCCGCGCUCUGACCAAUCGUGAUUUUGGAAACAUGCUGGUGGCCGGCAAGACCAUGGCCCAGACGUUCAAGGCCAACGCCGCAACGCGCCUCCACCCUGUCGAGUGGACCACCGGUCUGGCGGCGGGUGUGGCAGCGGCGCUGAUGAGCACCCACAGCAUUCCGACCACCACCCAGCUCUACGAGAACAACAUCAAACUGCUUCAGGAGACCAUCUCGACUCAGGCCCCGCUCCAGUGGACCCUCUAG